AUGUCUGAGCCCAUCAGAAAUAAGAAGGCGGACUUCCCGGUCGCACCGACCCCGCAAAACACGCCGGCCAACAAUGCUCCUAUCUCGUCUCACGCUCAGCAGCCUGGUGUGUCCAGCAUCGAGGAGGAAUCCCUUGACAAGGCCGCCGCUGCCUCGCUCUUCGCCCGCAACCCUGCUCUGGUCUCCAUGAUCCAGGGCAAGUUGGGUCAGCUUAAGGAGCACUCCAAGCUCGAGGCUCAGUUCCAAGAGGAGGUCUUGGAACUUGAGAAGAAGUACUUCGGCAAGUUCACGCCCCUGUACGAGCGUCGUUCUACUAUCGUCAACGGCGGUGUUGAGCCGACCGAGGCCGAAGUUGAGGCCGGAAAGGAGGAUGAGCUGAGUGAUGAGGAGGAGGAGACCAAGGAGGAGCCUAAGAAGGAGGAGGGUGAGGCCGCGAACGGCAUCCCCGAGUUCUGGCUUUCUGCCAUGAAGAACCAGAUCUCUCUUGCCGAGAUGAUUACCGAGCGCGAUGAGGAGGCUCUUAAGCACCUCACCGACAUUCGCAUGGAGUACCUUGACCGACCCGGAUUCCGCCUCAUUUUCGAGUUCUCCGAGAACGAGUUCUUCACCAACAAAACUAUUUCCAAGUCAUACUUCUACAAGGAUGAGAGUGGAUACGGUGGCGAUUUCAUUUACGACCACGCCGAUGGAUCCAAGAUUGACUGGAAGGAGGACAAAGACCUGACCCUCCGCCUGGAGAGCAAGAAGCAGCGCAACAAGAACACCAAGCAGACCCGCGUUGUUAAGAUCAGUGUGCCUACCGAGUCCUUCUUCAACUUCUUCUCGCCCCCACAGCCACCCGCCGAGGAUGACGACUCAGUCGCUAGCGACAUCGAAGAGCGUCUGGAGCUUGAUUACCAGCUCGGUGAGGAUAUCAAGGAGAAGCUCAUUCCCCGUGCCAUCGACUGGUUCACCGGUGAGGCUCUCCAGUUCGAGGAGCUUGGUGAGGAUUUCGAAGGUGAUGAGUUUGAGGAUGAGGAUGAUGAGGAUGAGGAGGACGAAGAUGAAGACGAGGAUCUCGGGUCGGACCGUGAUGUGGAUGAGGAGGACACAGAUGAAGAGGAUGGUACUUCCAAGCCCAAGAAGGAGGCCGCCGAGUGCAAGCAAAACUGA